UUUUGCGUUAAACCCUCUAGUUAUAUUUCAGAAGUUUAUGGAACAAUUCUCUAUUCUAUUAUAAUGCAAUAUAACUAGGUUUCGUGCGCCUCUAAAAUAGCAGUAUUGUUGGACUCUGUUCAACCAUUAUAGAUUGCAAAAGUAAUGAUUACGACUGGAAGGGUUCUAUCUGAAAGUUCAACAUCCACGGUCACUGAUGAACAACCAAAGAAGGAAAGCAGGAUGCUGAAGUUUGGAGAACUUCAGCUCGAGCUUACAUCAGAUAAAGCCAUCAUUGGGGCUAUAAUCAGCGUUGGUUUUGGAAUUCUUUCAUGGGAGCUAGCUCAGGGCAUCCAAAACAUCCCAGAGAGUUCGUUGCAGUACGCAAAUGAAAACGCUUUGAUGCUGGCUAAGUCUUUGAGGGGAGCUCUACUUGCAGUCUGCUAUUCAUCAGCAUUCUUAUCUGCUCUUACUAGCGUUGGACUUGUCUUACUUGGAAGACAACUAAAGUCAUCAAAAGAAAAGUGAGCUUGGUAUCCUGUUUACCUUUCUUUGUAUAUGCACAAGUCGGUCCAUCUGUUUUAUGUAAAAGAAUUCUCUGAUAGAAGUGAAAUGAAAUAAUGCUCAAUAAUGGUCUGAAGAAGUGCAUAAGCUAGUUAUUAACAAAACAAUUGUAUCAUAAUGUACCAAGUUGAGAGCUCUUCUGUGUUCAUGCUGAUUAUCGUUUAUUUUUUCGGGAACUUUGUACCCCAAAAAAGGGGAAUCUAUGAACCUACAUUACUGUGGGCUUCAAGUUGCAAGAUAGUUCUGUACAGUUCUGGGUGCAUUUUAUUAAGGCAAA